AUGCAUCGGACACACGAAUGGGAUAGUAAGACCGAGAAAAUCAUCCCGCGGCGUGGUCCCCUGGACCGUGAAGUGGUCACAAAGAUAUUCCAAGACAAGGCCGAGGAAUGGAAGGAGAGUCUAGCCUGCGAAAAACUCAAGACAAUCCUGUUAUCUUCUGCAAAGAAUCAUGAAAUUGACAAGGUCGUCGGUUUCGCUCUGGGCGCGAUGUCCUUCCAAUGUUUCAAUGCGGAUGGCAGUCUGUAUACCAGGAAUGGGUGGCGAUCUGCGUCUCAGCAUGCGCUCUUCGUUACCAUUAUGGAGUGGCUAAAAGAAAGAGACAACAAAGAGAAAGUCGUAUGCUACGCACAGGACCCGGACUACACCGAGGUAGACACGAAGAUUCUGGACGAGGCCGGCAUCGAGGUAAUUGAAGAUCCGCGUGGUUGGCUCGAGGUGGACGAGCACUCGAUCAUACUCUCGAUAGCACCGAAUGUGCCUGUCAAGGAGAUUAUUACGGACAUUGCUCGGCCUGCGGUUAUUAUUUGGGGUCGAGUGGGGGACAACGAUGGACUUGUUCGGGGGCUGUGA